UUCAGUCAUGAUGGGGAGGCAGUGAAUGCCACAUGGUUGAAAGAGCGAUGAUAAGACGAGCAGGAAACUUGGUUUAAAUUCACCACUGGCUCAUGUAUUUUUUUUUCUCUUGGAUAUGGAACAAAACUCAGGUGUAAAAAAAGGUGGAUUCAUUUUGAGGUCACAAGUGGAUGUUGGUGAAAAAUGCUCCUCAUCUUUGAGCCACACUUUGUGGGAGAUGCCUCCCUCAGACCUGUGCCACAGCAGGCUCACACACAGCAAUCUGUUGCUUCACUGAGAGACAUUUAAAACAAAUCUGCAGCCUCUCUCUCUCUGUCUCCCUCUCUCCGUCUCUCUCUCCUUGUUGCUGCUGCAGCUUAUGUUACAGUGUCACUAUAAAAUAUUCAUCCAUGGAAAAUCUUCUUUGAUUCCAGUCGGUCACUUGGUUCCCGGGCAGGUUAAAGACAUGUAAUUCUCUCCAGCCUCCCUGUACAUUUGCUCCAUCACCGGGUGUGAGAGAGGUCUGGUCUUUCCUGUGCCAGCUCAUCCAUUCAUUCAUUCAUUCAUUCAAGGAGGGAAAAAUGGAGAGGAUGAUGUUCGACUCCACAUCUACAGGAGGGCCGGGUAAAGGUGGCGGAGGAGAAGACCCCGCCAAGUCCGCCGAGCAGGAGGACCGGACUCGGGCUCAGAUCCUGUCAGGCACGGGCUUCUGCAAGUGGUUCAACGUCCGGAUGGGCUUCGGAUUUAUCUCAAUGACCAGCAGCGAGGGCAGCCCCGUCGACUCGCCUCUGGACGUUUUCGUCCACCAAAGCAAACUUGUGAUGGAGGGCUUUCGCAGCUUAAAGGAGGGUGAGCAGGUGGAGUUCACCUAUAAGAAGUCCUCCAAGGGCCUCGAGUCUCUGCGGGUAACAGGACCCUGUGGGGGACCCUGCUCGGGCAGUGAAAGGAGACUCAAGGGGAAGGUCCCACUCCAGAAACGCAAACCAAAGGGAGACCGCUGUUAUAACUGUGGAGGUCUGGAUCACCACGCCAAGGAGUGUAGCCUGCCCCCCCAGCCAAAGAAAUGCCACUACUGCCAGAGCGUAACGCACAUGGUGGCUCAGUGUCCCCACAAGGCGCCGGCGCCCCCCACAGGCUCUCAGGACCAACACGCGUCUACCUCGGCCCCCAUCCCAGGGACCGGGCCUUACCUCUGCCCCCCGGAGGAGGAGGAGCACUCCGGCUCAUCUCCCCUGGAGGGCUCCUCCUCCUCGCCGGAGGAGCCGCACACACACCGUGGCCCCCGCACCCAGCGGUGGAGGAAGUCCUGAAAACAGAAUCCUUUCACCUGCUAAAACCCUUAACCAUCACGUUUCCCUUUAAUCAAGGAUACCUGAAGCCCCUCCCGCACCCCCCUUCAUCUACCUCGCACCUGUGGGAAAAAAAAAAUUGGAGGUCUUAUUUUCUAUACUUUUAUUUUAUUUUUUUAUUUUUCCUAACCAGCGCAGCUAUGGCAACAAUCAAUGGGGUACGGAAGUGUGUGCGUGUGUGUGUGUGUGUGUGUGUGUGUGUGUGUGUGAGAGUGAGUGACUUGCUGUCAUCUGGUGCAGCUAUGGCUACUACCGCUGGAAUGGGAGACUGUAUUUCUUGUUCCAAUCAGUGCAGCUGAAGAGUGAAACAACGUGAUAUGAAUUUUAGUUUAGGACUGUUCUCUCUUUUUCCCUCCGCCCUGGAACCCAAGUUUUGGCCAUUUUCCCUUUUUUUUUUUUUUUUUUAAAGCCGCGAAUGAAUAUCCUCAAGGCUCAAUUAUUCAGACAAAAUGAUGCAUCCUUUUGAAGCACACACGUCAGCUCAUUUUAGGGAUUAGACGACUCUUAACAAAUCUCCGCGCCCUCCAAGAUUUUUUUUAGCUUGGCUUAUAUAUGAAAAAGAAAAUCUGUACGGAUGGAAACAUUAUGGAUUCCAGAGAGAGAUUUUUUUUAACACCUUAAAGAUGGUUAACUGCUGCUCUUAACGCCCACUACAUACCUCUCUCUUACAUGAAAUAGCCUUGACCAAGUGAUUGUCAAAGAACGAGCAUGUGAAUUUUUUGUGCAUGCAGGUGCACGACUGAGAGACAGAGAGAGAGAGAGCGAGAGAAUGAGAAAAGUGUGUGUUUGCAUGUGUGUGUCUGCUGCACCUCUUCUUCAGGUGCUGGUCAACACUAUUAACCUCUGUUAGAUAAGACGUGUCUGACAAAAGAACAAAAAAAAAGAAGAAGAACAAAAA